AAGGAGCACAACACCACGGCAACGUUGUGCCGUGUAGUCCUGAUUGCCCUUUUGAAUCAUGUUGCAACGGUAUGUGUCACUUACUCAGCAUAGAACUCGAGCACCGAUGUAUGCCCUUCCAAUGGCGUUCCGCUCAAUGCACAAAUAAAAGCGACUGCUGCGAAGUGCCUAGAGAGUAUGCCGAUAGAUGUAUGGAACAGCGAGUUACUGUUUUACAGAGCCACUCCGGACAUCACUUGAACCAGUAAAAUUGGAAAUCCGGAAACGAAAUACACCUAUGGCAAGGUUUACGCAACCACCGGCUCACCGAGUCUCCUCUGCAAGAAGGCCUACCU